AUGCCAGCCUCAGUUUACGAUUUACUCCAGGAGCUAUUUCUCAAAAACUUAGAGACACGUACGUUUUCACCUCACCGAGAAGAGCACCUAGGCUCUGAUUCCCAUGCCUGUAGAUAUCGGGCAUUGUCUCCACGGCUUAAACCUGUUUUCUCUGAGCGAAUUGAGGUCGUCUGGUCGUUCGAGUGGAUUUCUAGCCGAAUUUCUGUAACGGUUAUGAUAAACCGUCUUUCUGGUCCUGUGACCGCCGGGCCUCCAAAGUUGUGGUUGUUCCUUCAAACAGACUACACCUACUGA